CCUCGGUAGCUUUCUAGCAAACAUAGCUACAACAUUCACGCUCUUUACACUGUUUUGGUGUAUUUUAGUCGCUGUGUAUUAAACACACUUCUGUCGUAUGUACUUGUUGGCCCAUUUAAUUAUAUAUUUACGUUGUUUGUCAGCUAGCUGGUUUGCUAAAUUAUCUUAGAACUAGGCUAGUCGCUAAAGCUAGCUAGCGAACAUCCCCGACCAUGAGUUCACUAAGCUACUCUCCUCCUGCUAAAGAAGAGGAGGACUGCUGGACGGAUAAAGAAGCUCUAGUGAAGGAGGAGGAGGAAGAGAAGGAUGUUACAAUACAAAAACAAGUAGAGGGUGAAGGUGUUUCCGUGAAAGAAGAAGAGAAAGACGUUUCAGUGAAAGAAAAGGAAGACUCGUUCAGAUUGAAAGAGGAGGAGGCUGUUACAGUAAAAGAAGAGGAGGCAGAGAGAGAGGAGGAUGCAGUUUUUGGGGUGAAAGAGGAGGAGAUGACUGUCACAUCGAAAAUGGAGGAGGAGGAAACUGGACAUCUGGGCCCGGUUUCCCAAACGCAUCUUAAGGCAUCCUAUGGUUCUGACGGGGAACUUAGCAGUAAGAUGGUUUUGAGAAACCGGGACCUGAUUAACACUAGAGCGAGACGUGACUAUCGUGGAUCCUCUGGGGAGCCUCAACAACAUGAAGCUGACGAGGCAGAGAAGAGUCCCUCCCGAUCAAAACACCUCAAGAAACACCAGCGGAGACCCACAGGGAAGAAAUCUCACUGCUGCUCUGACUGUGGGAAAGGUUGCAAAUCUUCAUCAGAACUUAAAAUACACCAGCGAGUACACACAGGAGAGAAAUCUCACCACUGUUUUGAUUGUGGGAAGAGUUACUUAAGAUCAAAUUCACUAAAAGUACACAUGAGAAUUCACACUGGAGAGAAACCUUAUAGCUGUGAUCAAUGUGGGAAGAGUUUUACUACAUCUAGCCAUCGGAUUGUACACCAGAGAACACACACAGGAGACAAAUCUUAUAGCUGUGAUCAAUGUGGGAAGAGUUUUACUCAGUCAAGCAGCCUGUUAUCGCACCAGAGAAAACACACAGGAGAGAAACCUUAUAGCUGUGAUCAAUGUGGGAAGAGUUUUACUUGUGUUAGUUUCAACAGCACAUAA